CCAUGGAGACUGAGGCGGGCUGUGCGGAGGCCUUCGGCGUUACCAUGGAGACCGGCGCAGGGUCGGCGCUGCAUCUUCAGCACCACGGAGAGCGGCGCCCAGGUCUACCUGCUGCCGCGGCUGCUGCUAGGUGGGAUCCUCGGAAACACUACUUGCUUAUAGUGAUCGGAGACAUAGCUACGGAGGGGCAGCUGCAGGCUGUGCGGGAUCAUCUGGAGCACGGAAUUCGCUCAUGGAAUAUUAGUCUUGAAUCCUGUGAUCUAGAUGAGCAGCUGAAGCUCUUUGUGACAAGACAUCUUGCUCAUUUUUCUCCAGAUGUCAAAGGCCAAAGAACACUGCAGCAUCAAAGUGACGUCUUACAGACAGUGAUCCUGGUGAAUCCUAAUGCAGACAACAUUGUCACUGAGGUACGUUCCUUGAUCACAGAUCCCUCAGCUUACAAACUCCUUAUCCUAAGUGGUCAGUGCUCAGACCAGGAAGGGGAUUUAAUUCUGCAGAGUGGGACUUUUCCUUUACCUAAACUCGGGGAGGUGUUCAGUGACGCAGAGGUUUGCCAGCUCUUCAGUAAUACUGAUCCAGAGGUUAAGGCUUCUCUAACAGUUUCUUGCUUGGAAGAAGGUGAUUGGUGCAACUUUGGACAUUCCAGUUUCCAAGAUAUUAUUCAUUUAAAACUCAAUCCUGAACUAGUGUUACCUGAAAUGGAUGGGGUUUCAGAGUUUGCAGACUAUGUGUCAGAGACUGUUGAUGUUCCUUCUCCAUUUGAUCUUCUAGAGCCACCAAAUUCAGGUGGCUUUUUGAAGCUGUCAAAGCCAUGUUGUUACAUAUUUCCUGGUGGAAGAGGAGACUCUGCCCUUUUUGCUGUCAAUGGAUUUAAUAUCCUUGUAGAUGGAGGCUCUGAAAGAAAGUCCUGCUUCUGGAAGCUGGUUCGACAUCUAGAUAGAAUUGACUCCAUAUUGCUGACGCAUAUUGGAGCAGAUAAUCUACCUGGAAUAAAUGGACUUCUUCAGAGAAAGAUAGCUGAACAAGAUGAAGAACAAUCUCAGGGCUCCACUGCUUACAGUGAUUGGAUGAAGAACCUUAUAUCUCCAGAGCUGGGUGUUGUCUUCUUUAAUGUUCCAGAUAAGCUCAAAAUGCCGGAAUCUAGUAUGAAGGUUAAAAGAAGUAUAGAAGAAGCUUGUCUGACAUUACAAUACUUAAAUAAACUAGGAAUUAAAGCAGAACCUUUAUACAGGGUAGUGAGUAACGCUAUAGAGCCCAUUACAUUGUUCCAUAAAAUGGGAGUUGGCAGGUUGGAUAUGUACGUCUUGAAUCCAGUAAAAGACAGCAAAGAAAUGCAGUUUUUAAUGCAAAAAUGGGCUGGAAACAGCAAAGCAAAAACUGGUAUAAUUUUAGCAAAUGGGAAAGAGGGUGAAAUAUCAGUACCGUAUCUCACAUCUAUAACAGCCCUUGUUGUUUGGCUCCCUGCAAGCCCCACUGAGAAAAUUGUGCGUGUAUUGUUUCCUGGAAAUGCUCCACAAAAUAAGAUUCUUGAAGGUCUAGAAAAGCUGAAACAUUUAGAUUACUUGAGGUACCCAGUAGCAACACAAAAAGAUAUUUCCAGUGGUGGUCCACCAUCUAUUGGUAAGCACACCAAAAUAAAACAAAGAGCUGACAGCAAAGAAAGCCUAAAAUCCUCCACACGACCAAGCACGGGUAAACCAAGUAAAAGGGAAGAUAUUUCAGAAGAGUUGUCCAGAGAAGUUAAAUCAGAGCUUUCAAAAGAGACAAAAAUUGAGAAAAAGGCUAAGGAAUCCACAGAUAAACAUACUGAGAAAUCGUCAAAGAUUGAAAAGACAAAAACAGAUGUCAGUGAUUCCACAAAAACAGAAAAAAGGAAACUUCUAAAGGAGAAAACAGGCAAAAAGUAUAUCAAGGACAAGAUUUCUAAACUUGAAGAAAAAAAAGACAAAGAAAAGAAAGAAAUAAAGAAAGAGAAAAUAGAUAUAAAAAAGGAAAAUAUUAAAAAGGAGGAAAAGAAAGAUGUAAAGCGGGAAGAAAAGAAAAAAGAAAUUAAACCUGAAGUUAAGAAACUGCCAAAAUAUGAUUUACGUCCAUUUACACCAGAAGUGAGGAAAACAUUACACAAAGCAAAAGCUCCAGGCAAAAUCCGAACUGAAAAAGUGAAAAAUAAAUUUGAGAAAGAGACCACAGCAGACAAAAAGGUAAGCCACCUUCACCCAGUAAAUCUGGAAAAGAUUCCACAAGUUGCUGAUAUAACAGAACAAAGAUCAGCUAUGUCAACCCCUGAAGAUCUCACUAAGGACUUUGAGGAGUUAAAGCAUGAACAAAUUAAUAAAAAAGAAGAUACCAUUCUCUUAGAAAAUGAGACUUUUGAAAGCAGACCAACAGAUAUGUUAGUGUUGCAGAACCAAUUGAGAGAUGACAUCAUGUUAGAUGAGGUCACAUCAGAUAAGAAAAGUCCUCUUGAGUCCCCAGAUGAGGGAAUCACCACCACUGACAUGGAGGGAGACUCACAACAUGAAGAGAAGCCAAUAUACCAAGCAGAUGAGACAACAGAAAUGGUUGAUGAAGGUGCAGCGAUGGAAGAACCUGCUGAGAUGGUAGAAUUUGAGGAAGAGCUAAUAACGGAAGAAGAGGCUGAAACAACCCCAGAUGCAGGAAAGAAGUUAUCAGGCAGAAGCAGAUUAGAAUCAAUGCCAACUUUAGAUAUACAAGACCUGGAAACUGAUGAAGAUAAAGAGAAUGAAUUGGAUGAAAAGGGUAUUUUAGACAGAAAGCAAAAGGAAGAAAUAAUUGAGCAAUGUAAAGAUGACUAUAUUAAAAAAGUAGAAGAAAAAGAAACUGAAAGAAGCAUUGAGGUGGUGGAAAAGGCAGAGGUAGAAGAAAUGGAGGACUAUGCAGAAGAAAUUGGAGAUGAGCUGAAGCAUAAAGAAGAUGAACACACCAAAAGGGAAGAAGAUAUGACCUGUGAUUUUACAAUGUCAUUGCAGAAAGACUCAGAUUUAAAAACAAACAUUUGCAAAGAUGUUUCAAAGGAACCCUCCUACUUGGCUUGUGUCCCUGUGCAAUCUGGAACUGCUACAGAGCAUAUUUCAUACAUACAAGAUGAAACUAUGCCUGGCUUUUCAGAGACUGAACAGACAAUCUCUGAUGAAGAAAUACAUGAUGAACAGGAAGAAAGAAUCCCUCACCUCCAGUAUGAUGUAGGAAGUUACGAUAUUUCUGUGCCAGACCAUCCUGGAUCAUUUGAGGCCAUACAUGGAAUUAAAGCUGUUUCAUCUUCUAUUGUGUCUGCAAAAGGUUAUGUGAUACAAGAGCCUGAAAUAGUGGGUUAUCCUGCAAAUAUUGUUGCUGCACCCCUUGCAGAGGAGGAGCAUGUUUCCUCAGCAACAUCGAUAACAGAAUGUGAUAAACUAUCUUCCUUUGCUACAUCUGUUGCAGAAGACCAAUCUGUUGCUUCUAUUACUGCACCAAAAACAGAAGAGACAGGAAAAAGUUCAUUAUUACUCGACACUGCCAAUAGCAUUCCCACUUCCCACACUGAGGCAACGCAGGGCAUAGAGUACUUGCCAUCUGCAGGCACCAUAUCACCAACUUCUUCUCUAGAGGAAGAUAAAUGUUUUAAAUCCCCACCACCAGAAGAUUUUCAAUCACUGAUGGCUUCCAUGAAAGGUCAACUGACUGAGAGCUGCCUGGGAAAAGAGGAUGAAGAUGAUGAGACACUUGAUAAAAGGCAUUACAGUGCCCUUCUGUUUUCUGAAGAUGGGGCUACUGAUAUUCAGUACACAUAUAGUAGAGACGGAAAGACAUCUCCUGCUGUUCCUUGUGUUGAAGCAGAAAAAUUUGAUUCAAGUCUUGGAGAGGCUGAGGAGAGAUGUUUAAGUCCUGAUGACAGUACAGUAAAAAUGGCAUCUCCCACACAGUCAGGCCCUACAAGCACAGGGCACACGCCUUUUCACCAGUCUCCUGUGGAAGACCGAUCUGAAACUACACAAGCUGAACUCUUUGAAGCAGCCGACAUACUCAUACAUGAAAAGGAAAGAAAAAGUGAAAAACUGACUGAAUAUGAACCAACUCAUGAAAGUACAGAGCCACAAUAUAAGAUUACUACCCUAAAAGAAGUGCCUUCUGCAAUUGCAGCACAGAUGGAUGAAGUUGAAGACUUUACAACAAGUGGGGCAAUGUAUUCAUGUAACCAAGAUGAUGUUGCAGAAUUCUCACAAGUAACCAAAGAAAUAAUGGCAGCUGAGGGAGAACAAAUACCGGAGAGAAACAUUGACCUUACCUCAGAUAAUUUCACAAAGCUAUCAAUGAGUCCUGAACCAUAUAUGCAAUUUGAAGAUUUAGUUUCAAAUAAGGAAGUCCCUCAUGAAGAUUUCAUAAUGUCCCAUAAGACAGAACAUAUAGAAGAGAAAAUUGACCCAUUGCAAUCAAUGUCACCCACACAAAUGCCAACAGAUUAUGGUGACUAUGCAGGUAGUGCAGAGCAAAGUCCUGUAAAUGAUGAAAGGUCGGCAGAGAGCUCUAGCCAAGACCUUUUCCUAGGAGAUGCAAAGUCACUUUCUUUUACUGAACAAGGAAGAGAAGAUGAUACAUCUUUGCAAAUGUCUUUAAUAGAGCAAUGUCCAAUUGUAAAUGAAACAUAUCAAGGAAGUCCCACAAAAGAAAUAUAUUUAGACAAUGAAAGUUCUUUUAAUUUGAAAGAUCAAACUCAAAUGAAAGACACUAAAUAUAAAUCUGAUGAAAUGUCACCCGGAUAUGUGGAAUUUUUGUUGUCCACAGAGGAAAGCUUUUGUGAAGAUCAAAAACAUCUAAAGGCUAUUGAUGCACAAUUUCAAGAUAAUGAUCAGUCCUUACCUAAUGCAGAACCUAACACUGAUAAAGAAACAUUUCCAGAAGUCUAUUCAGGAGAAUCAUCAGUGCCAAAAACCCAUUCAUUUCACUAUGAUGGACAAGCUCAACAAAAAGAAGAAAAAUCUCUAGUCAUUUCAUCUUCAAGCCCUGAUGAGUCAGAAUCAUUUUCUUUUGCAGAUCACAGUCCACAUAAGGAAAUGGAAUCCAUUGAAAUUACAGAAACUGAGACAAGUCCUUUAAAUGAAGCAUUGAAAGAAAAUCCUCAUGCAGCAUUUUCCCUUGGCCAUAUAAAAUCAGCAGAUAUUUUAAAAAGUUCACUGGAAAAGAAGGGCUUCUCAGAAACAUCUGAGAAGGAUGUGCCUCCAGAUGAUGAAAUUAAUAAUGAAGACUCCUUUGAAACUGAAAACAUUUAUAUGACACAAUUAACUGAGAAAAAGGUAUGGUUUACAGAGGAAAAACAAAAAGAAUUCCAAUACCUUACAAAGGAACACAAGCUGCGGUAUACUGAAGAGGGAGAGAGUACUUUCCUUGAUGAUUCACAUGAUUGGGAAGAUCAAACUGCCUUAAAUGUAGAUGUAUUUAACCAAUCAACCACUAGUAAAACAGAUAGCGAUAUAAUAGGUACAGAAUAUGCACAUUUUCAAGAGGAAAAACAAGAAGACUAUUUAGAGGAGUCACUACAUGUGUCUGGUGAAGACAAGGCACCAUCUCAAGAAUCUAUCUCUCAACUAGAAACAACAUAUCCUUCAGAUGAAGCAGACUUGUUAAACAAACUUCCCUAUGUAACAACAUCUUCACCUGUUAAUGCUUUAUUUGAAAAGCAGGAUGGAGUUAAUAAGGCCUCAAUUCAUCAAGGUAGCAGCAUAGAAAGUGUACAUGUAAAAUUGCCUGUAGACAAGGGUUUUGAAGACCAUGAGUCAGAAGAGGAUGAAGAGUAUCCAUAUUCACAGGCUCACCAUGAUCUACCAGUUUCCUCUUAUGAAAGCAGUAUAACUGAUAAGAAAUGUGACCUUCAGCUUGGAGAGGAAAUGAUUAAUUUAUUUGACAAAUAUGAACAUUCUCCAGUAACGCAAGCAAGCUGUGAUUCUUUCCCAGAGCAACCGUCCACAGCUGACUAUACAUUUCAAGAACAGACCAAACAAGAACAUGAACCUUAUGAUAGUGCUACAGAGCACACAGAACAAUAUGUUGAAACAUCGUACACAGGGAACGUAUCAUUUUCUAAAGAUAAUAUGGACUUUAACUUUGGAGACAACCAGGAUGACCUUAAAAAAGAUCUUUCAAAACGAGACAAAAAAGUUUCUCCAAGCUCAUUGGAUUAUCAUUUAGGUGCAAACUUGAAGUCAUCAUGCAGUCCCUUUGAAUUGUAUUCCCAUGAAAACGAGACAUGCGGCUCUACAAAAAGAAGUACUGUAGAAGAAAGGGAACCAACACCAUACCCAGAUGACAAAUCUUUUCAGUAUGCUGAUAUAUAUGAAAAGAUAGUUGCAUCUGGGGUUGGACACAUCAUAGAAGAGUCUGAGCCAUGUAGUGCUGGCUAUCUAGAGAAGGAAAAAAUAGAUAUCCCAUCCUUAGAAACAUACACAUCUAAAAAUGAACUCCAUGACCAGAUGUCCUCAAAAGAAGAGGAAUCUCACUUAUAUACCUUAACCGAGAAAGAACUUUCUUCACCGAUAUCACCAAAAGAAACAGGAGAUACCACUGCCUUUGAAUACACAGAGACACAGCAACAGUUAUCAGAGAGUUUGGAUAGUGGUACAAAAACAAAUAUUUUUGCUGUUGAAGAAACUGAACAAUUACACAUGGAGGCAUCCUCUGACAAGGCUCAAAAAGAGAAACCAGGAGAGCAGGUUGAGGUACUGUCACACAGCACAGACCAUUCACCAAACACAGAUAAAUUGGAAGAUGAUUACCAUGAAAGGGCUUCUUACCUUACUGCACCACAUCAGGAGGACGAUAAUAUCAGUUUAGUUAGUGAAAACAUUAGCGUAGUAGACGCCAGACCUAGUCAAGCUAAGUACUCUUACUAUGAGAAGACAGAGACAUGGGAAGAAAAUGCAAGUGAUUCUGAAGUAGAAAAAGGAGCCAAAGAAAAAUCAGAAAAGGAGACAAAGUGUCCUGCUAUACAUGAAGAUACUGAAAGCUCACAUGAAAUGUACACAUAUGAUCAUUCCAAGGAAAAAAACAAUUUAUCUAAUUUCAGUGUUCUUUCUGAAACUCCAGAUGUAGACACUGAACAUUUUAAUGUUCAGACUGAAAUUAAAACCAUGGAAUUCAGUGGAAUCGAACCUGUGGAACCAUCCUCCUCUGCAAGUGCAGAAUACAGUUCCCAUGAGGAUGAACAUGGAAGAGAAUCUAGUGAUUAUGAGUACACCUAUUCUCCUUUCAAGUCAAAAAUUGAUUUUACAAAGGAUGUACAUGGAUACCAGUUUCAAACAGAGUACCCAGUGCAACAAUCUUCAGGUUUAGCAGGAAUAGAGGUUCCAGCUCCUGAAUCUGAAGAUUCAUCCAGAGUAUUUUCAGCCACAGCAAAAGAAAAUGAAGAUUUUUCAUCAUGUGAGCAUCAUUUACAAUCAUUGUCCUUUACAGGCUCUAAAGAACCAGGUAAAGACAACUUGAGUAUAUCACAUGUAACAAAGGAACAUGAUGAAUACCUACAGGUUUCUGAAAGGUCUUGUGAAACCGAUACAUCAAUAAAUAGAUUUUCACCUGUAAGCCCUCAGGAAGAUGAAUUAUAUUCUAAAUUUUCUGGACGACACUACACACAAGCGGAGUACCAGAAAGAAGACUCUCUCAGUGCAUCAGAAACAUCAUCUGAAGCCAGCACCCCAGUUAAAAAGGAUACCACUGAAGGUUUAUAUUCACAAAUGAUUAGCAGCUAUGUAGCAGAUUCAGAAGCAGCUGUCAGGAAUUUGUGGGAUGUGUCUCCCCUUGUUCCUGCUGAUGCAACCAAGCCUUGUUCACCAGUUGAGAAAGAUGUCACUGAUGAUCGUGAAUCCAUGUGCUCUUAUGACAUGGAUGACUGUACAUUGCCAUGCAGAAUUGAUUGUAAAAGAACACAUUGCACAUCAAAGGCUGACACAGUGAAAGAAACUAUUGGUGAGCACCAGGGGUCUACACAGGUGGAAAAUGCAGAAGCGAUGCCUUCACUUUCCAAUGUUCUGACUUCAUUUCCACCUCAUCAGCAAGAAGAGCCAUCCACAGCAAAUGGCCCUACCGAAAUUAACACUAUGACAGAGGUAUUCCAUCAUUCACAGUAUGUUGAAAAAGAGUUUUACACUUCUGAAGUACGGGAUGAAAAGGCAUCUCCAGAAUCAGAUAGAGAAUCUUCUCCAUUUUCUGAGGAAGAUACAGAGAAGCCAAAUAGACCUCUUUCUCUCUCAUCUCCAGAGAACACAUUUCAGCCUUUUAUUCCUGAUGCACAAAGAGGUAGAGGAUCUGAAGAUCAUGGAGAUGCUUCCCAUGAGAUUGAGCCAUGUAUGGGGACAUCCAGUGAGUAUGAGCACAAAUCAUCUUCCUCUGAAUAUUUACACAGGAAGGGGGAACUCUCUCCUUCCUUCAUUAACCCUAGCCCACUUCACCUUUCAGAUGACAGUGAUGUUUCACAAGAUGAAGGUCAACCUUCAGUUAAGGGUAGAACUCAUCAUGUAAAAGUUCAUUAUCUUAAAGUUGAUGAAGAUGAAACACCACCAACAUCGGUCAGUGAUUCAGGAUCCUCUCAAUCAGACUCAGAUGUUCCUCCAGAAACUGAAGAAUGCCCAUCAAUUACAGCUGAUGCUGCAAUGGACUCUGAUGAAGAUGCAGACUUUCUUCCUGUAGAUAAAGCAAUGGGAAAUUCUCACCACAGCAGCGCAAGGCAUGGUCAUGAUCCUCACCCUACUCCAAUGAUGGAUCCUUAUCCCCACCCUCCUCAUCCUGAUGUCUGUAUGGUCGAUCCUGAAAUGUUAGUUAAUGAGUUGAAUAUAAGUAAAGGAGAGAAGGUGCUCAAAAAAGAUCUAAAGGAGAAAAAGAUUGUCAGGAAGCCUUUAAGUAAACCCAAAUCAAACUCUCCAGUUAGGAAAUUAGAGCCUAAGGGUAAACGUUCUCCAACGCUGACAAAACAGACAUCUCGAGAGGCAACAGAAAAAUCUGUGAAAAAUGCAACAUUGAGGAAAGAUGCAACAGAGAAAUCCCAGAAGCUAAGAAUCCCAUUGCAGUCACAUUCUUCAAGGGGAGAAGACAAAGAUGAUGUUUCUAAGAGCAGUAAUCCUGGCAAGCUAGUAAAUGGCAUCAAAUCUACAGGUACAAGUAGCUCUAAAUCCAGCUCCAUCAUCCCUCCUGGCCCACCUGUGUAUGUGGAUUUGGCCUAUAUCCCUAAUCAUUGCAAUAGCAAAAACACUGAUUUGGAGUUCUUCAAAAGAGUUCGAGCUGCAUACUAUGUUGUAAGUGGUAACGAUGCAGCCAAUGGGGAACCAAACCGAGCUGUGCUGGAUGCACUUUUGGAAGGAAAAUCCCAGUGGGGAGAGAACCUGCAGGUGACAUUGAUCCCGACACAUGACACAGAGGUGACGCGUGAAUGGUACCAACAGACCCAUGAGAAGCAGCAGGAGCUUAAUAUAAUGGUCUUAGCUAGCAGCAGUACUGUAGUGAUGCAGGAUGAAUCCUUUCCAGCAUGCAAAAUAGAGUUCUAAUCAUCACGCCGAUCACUAACAUCUCCAUGCGUACUUUGUGUUUAGGUAUGUGUCCAGCUGCAGCCCAGUUCCCGAUUUCAUCUGUUUUGUACCCAAAGCAUCCACCUUGCCAAACACCUUCAACUUUACACCCAGUCUUACAUUGGCUGGUUAGGAAAAGAUAUGUUUAACAGGACUGUACCAAUGUUGGACUAUAUGCAUUUUUGUUUUAAUACCAUUACAAUUACAUUUUACCAUUUUCUGUUUAAUAUGUAUCACAUUUUCGUACAGUGCUUAUUACAGUAUAAGCAACAUGAAAUAUUGCUCUUAGAUAAAAUAAUGGCAGUGGUCUGGAAUAAUAUGAAUGUGUUCUCUUGUUAAGCAAUUAUAAACCCACAUUGUGAAUAUUAAAGAAGACUGGCUUAGGACAGUACAUUUACCAUAAAAGAAAUAAUCACUCAGAUUUAGCAGUAGGAACCACACUUUGAAUACUGAUGUUAUUUAAAUCAUCAUUUCUGUAGCUUGUGUUUUUUAGUUUAACGUGCUAGCGUAACAUUACAUUUGGACAUUACAAGCCAGUGAAAGGGCCUGAAAUGGACUGAAAGACAAAAAACAACAAGCGUAUUAUUUAGAUAUGUGACGUAUGAACAAAAUACGUUUCAUGCUCUAACAACCAAAAUGAUAAGAGAUGGGAGGCAAUGUAUCUGCUUAAACGAUGCUCUUAUUGUGGAGCUUUGAUGCAGUUCUAUUAAUCCCUAUUGCCGGAUCACAAUAAAAAGAUGUCUUAUUUUUUGUGGCAUACAUAUGUAACCAGAGUUAUCCCAAUAGAAUAUAUCUAACUAUUUCACAUUAAAAAUGGUACAGUGACUGAAGAUAACCUGAAUUCAUUUUGGGAUAACAGUGGCAGUUAUGUACAUGUUUCAUUUUACCAAGUUCCUUGGUCCUGCACUAGGUGCUCAGUCAGAGCAGUGAAGCAGGGCCUCUGCAGAAGUGCUUAGAGAGAUGGAUGUUCUACAUUAACAUAUAUAGGAACAAAGUAUUCUUAAACACUAUUCCCAACAGGCGCCACCAACAUGGCUUGAGACAUUAUUAAAAACAAAGAAAAAAAUCCCUGUAGGAUAAACUCCCUGUUGUGUUUCUAUUGUAAGAUUCCCUAUAACACACUGUACACAGUGGUUACUGUCUUAUACCAGAGAAGAGUAAAUAUAUAUACAGUAUAAAGGAUCAAACUGUUUACCAGUAGUGUUGGUAGCGGUGGUAGCUAGUCUAAAUAUUCAAUCAAGCAGUAGAGGUACUUCUCUUCCCAUCUCCUCGUUAUAUGUUGUUUACUUACAUCUUUGAUUGGCAAUUGGACCAAAACCUAAGUGACUGCCUAUUCGGUAAUGAUCCACAAAGUAAAAAAUUGACAACGACUGUAAUGUGGAAAUGUGUCAAUGUACAUCACAUGUUAUUAUACAAAAUAGAUUCAUAGCCACUGUACUCUUACAAGAACAUAAUCAGAUAUUUUAGUUAAACCAUGGAAGCUGCUACACACAAACUUACAACUUUUUUAAAAACUUUUUUGUUUACAUAUUAGUUUUUAUGGCUGCUGUAGGGAGCAAUUUGCCUUACAAUAAAAAAAUAAAAAAACACAGUUUCUGAUUGCUGAACAAACCAUUUAUAUAUCAAUGGCGUAUUUUGCUGUCUAAUUUAUAUAUUUAUUUUUUAGUGUCAAAUCUAAGCUAUGUGUUAUUAAUUUAUGAGUCUAACAGUAAAACAGUGUUGUUUGAUUUUGUAGAUAGAUUUUUUUAGUUGCGUUCUAUCAUAGUACAACAUAUUGAUUAAAAUACUGGUCGUCAAUAAACGCCAGUGGCUUAAUGUUGGGGAUACCAUUUUAUAGAUUGUAAGUGCUCUUUACAGGUGUCGCUCAGAGCUCCAACAGGGCAUAUCUGUGAAUAGUCAUCCUGUAGUUGCUUUGUAAAAGAUCACGUUGUAGAAAAAAAGAGAUUUUAGUAAAUGUUUUAUUCCAGUUUUUGCACUCUAGAAAUCAAUUUUAAAUGCUUGCAAUUUUGCACAUAUAAAAUAGCGUCCUUCAGUAAAUUUCCGUUGAGGUUGCAUUUACAAAAAUAAAAUCUCUUCUUGUAGAAAAAGUGAUAUGUUAAGUUUUAAAAUUAAAGAUUGAAUUCUAGAAAAUGCGAAAUAAAAUAAACGCAAUGACCAUAACAUAAUAAUUUCACAAAAGUUCCACUCAUACACUUUUUAACUAACAAGUGUCAAUAACUGUAACAUAGUGACCGAUUGUGGUUAUCUGCUGGAAUGGUAUACUGUACAUUGGGUAGUGACUGAUUGUGGUUAUCUACUGGAAUGAUAUAUAUUGGGAUAAUAUCCUUCCUCUCGAUUUCUGUUACUAUGCUUUCGUAACACAGAGAUAAGAAUGUAGUACAAUGGGAUGGGAGUCCAGUUCUGGCCUUGUGAUUAGUACCCAGUAGGGUGACACAUAACAAGCCAAAAUAUAGUUUUUAAUAGUUUGGACCCAAAGUAAAUCCUGUUGAUGAAAGCAUUUAGCUAUAUGUAUAAGAUAAUAUGGAAUGUUUGAAUAUUUUGUUUGCUAGUCUUAACAGUUGUCUUUUAUGGAAUUGUGUAAUUCCAAUAGUUUUUACAAAUCUAUCAUUUAACCCCAAGUCUCCGUCUUUUCCUGUGCUGAAUUUGAGAGAACCGCUGUUGUACUGGAUUGGUAUGCUUGAUUUAUUUGAUUGAAGCUGAAUCUUAAAGAUGCAUGCUCUGCAUUUUAUGCACACGACUGUUCUGAAGAACCUGUGUGUAUGUUCUAUGUUUAAUGAUGUGGAUGUGACCAAGAAGACCCCCACCCACCCCACCCCUACUUUGCUGCAAUGCUUGUGGCUCUUAGCCAGAUACAUAGGUGCCUGGAUGCCUAGCGCACUCAUUCGAUGACGAUCCAAAAGGAACACGCUAGUGCACAGCCAUUUCCUUCGUCCACAUCCAUACGAGUGUCUAGGUAGAAUAGCUAAUGCACUAAAACAAUACUUAGCUAUGAAUGUUCCUAUUAUGCCUAAACUUGAACUCUAAACUUAAAAGAGUAGGAAACAUGAUGACGGUGGUCAUUUAGAAACCUGCCUUGCACAUGACAAUACUGAAUGGAAACACACAGCUAUGAUGUGUCAAAGAAGAAUGUAAACAUUGUCCUCUUAGACCUUUUACCCUUUAUUCCUGUGCACUGAGCAAUUUCAUUUAUGGUUUCCCUUUAAGAAGCUUUCCAACACAUAAGGAACAUAGUAAAGAUACAAGUUACCAAAUAGACAUUCUCAUUGCUGCCUUUUAAUGCAUUUUAGUAGUUUUGUAGCACUAAAGCAAAGUAACACUUUAUAUCAACAACAGCUGCAGGGUCAGUAUUGCACACCCUACGCAAAGAGGAUCACACUCACCAUCAACCAAGGUCAAAUCAAUGCUCAAUGCCUCUGCUGAUCAGUACAGACAGAUAACUUGAUGGCCGUCAGAGGGCAGAGCCUGUAACCUUGAUGGGCUGUAUUCACUAACAUGUAUCACAAAUACAGAUUACCUGUAAAUCCAUUGCUAUCAUACAACGUAACAUAUAGGUGAUAUAUAAAAAUAGAAACAUUUAAAAUCAGCUGUUGCUUGUUUCUGCAUGUGGAUUACAACAAGUUAUACUCCUGUAUGUCAUAGAUAAAACAAGAAAAAAAAUAACUAUUUUACAAAUAUAUAAAAAGUGAACAUGUCUUAAUUGUAUUGAAAAUUGCAACCUAUAUUCCUGAUAGCUUCUUUCUACGUUGGAUGUUGUAUAAAUAAGACCCCGACUUUUUCAUUCUUUUUCCUCUUAUGUUCAGCGUCAUUACUAAUAAACUUGUUUCCCAAAAAGGUUUUCGUUUUGCUCUGUUCAUUCAUUUCCCUUUUCUGUGUGCAAAAGUCUGUCAUUUUGAAUUUGCUGUAAAUGGAAAACGCCUGAAAUCUAACAAUAAAAUGACAUGAAUAGAUCAGAAAA